GCUGUGUCUAUAUCACGAAGAUGGCUAAAACUUUUCAUCUCUCCAUCGUUGUCGCCGUUCUCCUCCUCCUCUUCUCAGGGACAAUGGUGAAGGAGACCAAUGCUCAGCACAUGUGCCAUGAAAAUUUGACAAAAACAACUUGCGAGGAGGCCACGUGUCGGUCAAUGUGCACCCAGAAAUGGAAGGGGACCGGAACCUGCGUCCAGACUUACGAGCAAAGAUACGCUUGCGUCUGCACUUGGCCUUGCAAGUCCAUUUAAUCAAAUAAAUAUGUUUUAGGCCGAUUACAAAAUAAACAAAUUAUGUAAGGUUACCAAUUUUUUUUGG